CUGGUCGAGGAGAAAAAUGAGUCACAGACCUGAAGAACCUAUGAAGAGAACCAGUGUGGUCAACCUUGAUAAACUUUUAGAUAACAUCUCAGAGAUAGAAAAGAAAAUAACAGAAGUUAAUGAUGUAAAUAAUGUACUGGUUUUUAAGCUGGAAAAAUGUAACAGAUUGUUAACAUUAAGCCAGUCAAAGGAAGAAUCAGUAAGAGAAGAAUGUGCCACUCUACAGAAUGUGAUGAAGGGUUUAGCACAAACCAUUGAAAAACAGUGUAAUGUGAAAGAUGAGAAUGAUAGACUAAAGGGUACCAUUCACAUCUUGGAAGAAAAAUUAAAGACUUGUGAACAGGAAUAUAAAGAUCAGAUUGAGAAACUUAUGAAGGAAAUUAAAACCAAAGAGGAAGACCAUAAAUCAGAAAUAAUGAAGCUGAAUUGCGAUAUGAUGAAAAAAAUUGAAGCAAAAGAAAAGGAGUAUAAAGAAGAAAGAGAGAGAAAAGACCUGGAAACACAAGAGAUAACUAGACAGCUGAGAAUUCAAAACGAAGAGAAGCAGAAAGAAAUCAUUAAACUGCAGAUAGAGUUCAAUGCUAAACUGGCAACAGUUCAGGGUAGAAAAAGAUCAUUUUGGGAAUCUUCUGCGUUUCCACAAAGUAUCUAUAGAAGAAAGCUGCAAAAUUUCCAGGAGGAGAAAAACCAAGAACUUGAACGUCUGAGAAACACCAUAAAAGAAUUAGAGAAACGUCUUCUUCAAGAGCAAGAGCAGCACUUCAAACAGAGGCAAUUCUGAGUAAAUGACAUGAUGUACUUCAUUACUACAUAUAAUGAGAAGUAAGCUCAGUGUAUUUCAAAAUGUUUACAUAAAAAUAAAAACAAGAUAUGAAGAAAUGCUGAGUAUUUAUUAGAAAGACUCUUGUCAAAUACUCCAAAGCCAUGCAUUCUGUGUACAUUCAGGGCUACUUUCUUGCUCAUCAGCAUUCACAAUAAGAAGAUUCAGGUUUCAAAGGAGUAAUAAUUUUCCUAUUAAA